AUGGCCUUGCUCGGUGACCAAAUCAGCCAAAUACCUGUCUCCACAUCCACAAGAACGGGGCUCCUUAACAGUCUCUGGAAUCGUAACGCUGCUCCCAAGCUAAAGAGCGAAGAACUCGAUCUAGAGGCUUACUUCGCUUACCAUACCCAACAAUGCAUCCAAGCAUGGCACGAUGGCGGGCGUCAUAUUGCCGAUUGUACGCACCGCGACAUCGCCGAGAUUGCGCAGGAAAUUAUUGAUGGGUCGGCAAGGGAAGAUAUCAAAUCGCGGUUGGCCUUGAAGCUCACAGCGCCGAAAUCAGCAAAACAAGAUGAACUGCUGGGUAGUUGUAUUGAUUUCACAGCACGGCUCGUUUCCAUGAUGGACAUCGGAGUGCUUCAAUAUGCGUUCUCCGGGCGCAGGCAAUUGGAGUGGAAGCAUGGGUCCCUCAUAGAUAUCGUCCAUGACUACUUCAACGAGCCUGUUGUUCUUGUACACGACAAGGUGAAAUUAGGGAAGAUGUUCAAUGCGCGUAAUCUCAGCCAGAUUGCGGGCAUCCAGAUUGAAUGGACGGAUAACCUAGCCGACCAUCUCCGCAUCAUUGAUGACGAGGAUAAAAAGGUAGCCAUCUUUCACCACGCAUCGUUCUUGAGAUAUAACCGAAGUCCGCUUUUCCCAGAUGGACUCGCUGAAGAAACUCUUCGUACACUUGCGCUGCUCUUCCCACAGACCGACAAGGACUCCUUGAAGUGGUUCAAAAAGCUGCCAUGCUCGUUGGGUCUCGAUAAAACUUUAGUCAAAUGCGGUCACCUCAGAGUCGAUAGCCGACAGAUCGAGAACUUCAGAUUCUGGCAUGACCGGUUGGUCAUACUCAAACAAGUCUUCGACGAGUCCCGGCCCAGCACACUAUUACAAUGGUGGUGCGAUAGGCGGAAUGGUGUCCAGUGGUACACAUUUUGGGUCGCUAUUCUGGUCUUGUUUUUGACCAUCUUCUUUGGCAUGGUACAGAGUAUCGAGUCCGCUUUACAGGUGUAUAAGGCGUACCAUCCGACAGUAACAUAA